AUUUUCUAGAUGCUGAACAUCCACUUGAGAUAAACUCAUCUAUAAAAUGGUCAGUCAUUGUGCAAGUGAACUCACCAAAGCAAAGCUGCAAAAAUCACUGAAAAGAAAGAAAAGAAAAUGGCUGCCUCUUUGCAACCACUGUUCUCAGCAAUGACAUUCCUGUUGUUGAUUGCUUCUCUGAUUGGGUCCUCCGAAGCUGCCGGAAUUGUCCGAUACUGGGGCCGAGGCCAUACAGAACCAAAAAGUGUGAGUGAGUUCUGCAGGCAAGAAUUCGCCACCGACGUUAAUAUUGCCUUUCUGGAAGAUUUCGGCAGUGGCCAGGUGCCUCAAUUGAGCAUAAUUCAUCCUCGGCCGAGCGCAGCAGACAUAGAAUCUUGCCAGAAACAUCAAACCAAAGUCUUUAUUUCUCUCGCAGGACCUCCGAGUCUUUCUUCCGUCGAAGAUGCAGAAGAAGUGGCAGCCUAUAUCUGGAACACUUACUUAGGCGGUCAGUCAAGCGACCGUCCAUUCGGCAAAGCUGUUUUAGAUGGUGUAGAGCUUCACAUCCACAGCGGAAACACGAAUUACUUGGAUGAUCUUGCUCGGGCACUUAAGGGAUACCCAAAUGUGAUCUUAGCUGUAGCGGCGGAAUGUCCUAUUCCUGACCCUGCUCUUGACGCAACUAUCAAAACUGGACUCGUUGAUCAGGUGCGGGUGGAAUUUUUCGACAACCCAUCUUGUCAGAUUAGGCCUCCAAAGGAUACCAGUCUCCUCUUCCGGAGUUGGGACAGGUGGUCUAAUUAUAGAGGCGUUAAUCUAUUGUUCCUGGGAAUACCUAUAUCCAAGGAUAUCGCACCUGAGGGCGGUUACAUCCCACCUAAUGUGCUAGUUGAUGACGUUCUUCCCUAUCUGAAGAACUCUUCUGUUUAUGGAGGCAUCAUGGUCUUCCCCUACCUUCAUCACGAGGCAACUUUCAAGUCCAUGCUACGGUCCUAUGCUGGUGCUGUCUGAUCAGUUCCUCUCGAUCGCUAUCUACCGAAGGAGGGAUGAAAUCAAAUGUACUCCUGGUUGUUAAUCCCGGAGACGAAAAUGAUAAAUAAAUAAACAAUGGGCUGGUCAUCCAUGCCCAAAUUAAAUAAAAUUGUCG